UUCAAUGGACUUAAGGAAAAACAGUCUUUGGACUAUAAAAAUGAGAGCAUUGCCAGUUGACAGGCAUCAGAAGCGAGUCAAUCGUAGUCUUGUUAACAACUUAAAUAUAGUCAAUAAAUUCCAAAGAAAACCAGCAACAUGAAGUUCGCCGUAUUUACCGUAGUCGUGCUUGCUUUGGUCUUCCAAGCCCAAUCGUCUAUCAUCCCAAUUGGAAUCAAUGGUAUUGGACCAUCUCUAUCAGUCUCAGGACCUUUGGGACCAGUCAUCCUCCCAAACGGAGCUGUGUCCAUUCAAGGUUCAGUCAUCCAAGGAAUUCCUAACAUCCUCUCCAUCCAAGGACUUCCAGCUGCCGUCACUGUUGCCCAAUCACCAAUUCAAGCAGUAGCCCUUCCAGCUCCAGUUGCCGCAGUUGCUGCUCCAGCUGUUGUCGGUGUUGAAGGAACUUAUGUGGCCAAGACUCGUGGUGCUGUUCACGUUGCUCCUCUUGCAGGACACACACAAUCCGCUGCUUCCGUUAAUCUUCAACCAGCCCCAGGAACUUUGUAAACAAAAAAAAAAUGAAAACAUUUUUGUGAACCCCCAAACUGUACCAAAUUUCUGAAAAUCUGUUAAUUGCUUCCUUAGUUUUGUAAGUUCUAUGAAUAAAAUGCAACACGAACGUCUAAGAGUCGUAAAAACAAAA